CACUAACAUUAAUAAUGUUUAGCUGUCAAACGUUGUUCGCCAUUACUCAUUUGAUGUACCUAAAAGUUAAAUAAACUGAAAAACCUAAUGAAUUAGAACAUAAAUACUAAAUUUGACUAAUACCGAACGGGUAGCAAGUUUUGUUUUAUCACUUAAGUGACAAUUAACAUAAACUUAUGUGUUUAUAAGCCGUAAUUAUAGACAUCCUGUGCGUUAGAUUUCCUCUCGGUAUUUCCGUGUUUUGAAACUAAAUUAUCAUGUCUGUGAGUGAAAAAGUAUCCUUAUCCGAUGCGCUGAGUAAUGUGGAUGUGUUGGAUGAGCUCACUUUGCCGGAUGAACAGCCAUGCAUUGAGGCUGCACCCUGCUCCAUAUUAUACCAAGCCAACUUCGACACCAACUUCGAAGAUCGCAAUGGCUUCGUCACCGGUAUCGCCAAGUAUAUCGAGGAGGCCACUGUACAUGCCAACUUGAAUGAACUCCUAGAAGAGGGCAACGACCAUGCUGUAAUGCUGUAUACAUGGAGAUGCUGCAGUCGGGCCAUACCUCAGCCUCGGUCCAACGAACAGCCCGACCGAGUGCAUAUAUAUGAGAGGACCGUGCAGGUCUUGGCUCCUGAAGUCGACAAGCUGUUGCAGUUUAUGUAUUUCCAGCGCAAAGCCAUAGAACGCUUCUGCGGCGAAGUCCGAAGACUUUGUCACGCCGAGAAGCGAAGGGAUUUCGUUUCCGAAGCGUACCUGCUUACCCUCGGCAAGUUCGUCAACAUGUUCGCAGUCCUGGACGAGCUGAAGAACAUGAAGAGUUCCGUCAAGAACGAUUAUUCUACUUACAGAAGGGCUGCACAAUUCCUCAAGGUGAUGUCAGACAGUCAGAGUCUUCAGGAGUCCCAGAACCUCUCCAUGUUCCUCGCUACCCAGAACAAGAUCAGAGACACGGUCAAGGACGCCUUGGAGAAGAUUAACGGCUACGAAGAGUUAUUAGCUGAUGUUGUUAACAUCUGCGUGCAUAUGUUCGAGACCAAAAUGUAUCUCACACCGUCUGAAAAACAUAUGCUUGUCAAGGUAAUGGGUUUUGGAUUGUUCCUGAUGGAUUCCGAAGUUUGUAACAUCAACCGUUUGGAUCAGAAAAAGAAGAUCCGUCUCGACCGCAUCGAUAGAAUAUUUAAGAAUCUGGAAGUUGUUCCUCUAUUCGGAGACAUGCAGAUCGCUCCGUUCAAUUACAUUAAGCGGUCCAAACACUAUGAUAGUAGCAAGUGGCCACUGUCUUCAAGCCCCAACCCGCCAUCUCCCCAAGCCGACCUGAUGGUCCACCUGCCUCAGAUACGCGAGGAACACCAGAACUACAUCUCCGAACUCGCCAGAUACAGCAAUGAGGUAACAACGACUUUCAAAGAAGCGGGUUCUGACGCUGAAAACAAAGCGGUGACCGAGCUGUGUCUACGUGGAUUACAACUUCUGUCUUCGUGGUGCUCAGUGCUCACUGAGCUGUGUUCUUGGAAGCUUCUCCAUCCGACUGAUCAUGCGAGCAAUCCUAGAUGCCCCCCUGACGCUGAGGAGUAUGAAAGGGCGACUCGCUACAAUUACACUUCGGAAGAGAAAUUCGCAAUGAUUGAAGUCAUAGCUAUGAUCAAGGGUCUUCAAGUGCUAAUGGCUCGUAUGGAGACGGUUUUCGCUGACGCCGCUCGUCGCUCCAUUUACGCAGAAUUACAGGAUUUCGUUCAGCUGAAAUUGCGCGAACCACUGCGCAAAGCUAUCAAGAAUAAAAAGGAUCUGAUACGCAGUAUAAUAGUAUCGGUUCGUGAAACUUGUGGUGAUUGGGCGCGCGGCUGCGAGCCCCAACAGGACCCCGCGCUGCGAGGGAAGAAGGAUGCCGAGGCUAGUUUUACUAUCAAAGUGCCAAGGAGGAAUGUCGGCCCCUCAUCGACCCAGCUAUACAUGGUUCGAACCCAACUGGAAGCGCUUAUUUCGGACAAGUCAGGUGGUAGACGUACUCUUCGAAAGGACCUGGACGCCGGCACCCUGACCCAGAUUGAGACCUUCCACCGACUCAGUUUCUAUUGGGGAUAUCUGCUCAACUUGUCAGAUUCUCUUCAGAAAUGUUGCGAUCUAUCACAGCUGUGGUACAGGGAGUUCUACCUCGAAAUGACAAUGGGCCGAAAAGUUAAUAAAUGCACCGUUCAUCACCAGCAUAACGAGGAAUGCAACGACCUGAUCACCAUGGAGAAGAGGAUCCAAUUCCCGAUUGAGAUGUCUAUGCCCUGGAUCCUAACCGACCAUAUACUUAGGACCAAGGAACCGGCUAUGAUGGAAUAUGUCCUAUACCCACUGGAUCUAUACAACGACUCUGCCCAGUACGCGCUUACAGUGUUCAGAAAGCAGUUCCUUUAUGAUGAGGUGGAAGCGGAAGUGAAUCUAUGCUUUGAUCAAUUCGUCUAUAAACUAUCUGAGCAGGUCUAUGCUCAUUACAAGCAAUUGGCUAGCAGCAUGCUCCUGGACAAACGUUACCGCGCGGAGUGCGCGGCCCGGGGCGCCAGUACGGGGGCGGCGCCCGGGCGCUACGCCUCCCUGCUACGACAGCGUCACGUCGCCUUACUGGGCCGACAUGUUGAUCUUUGCGCACUAGUGGCUCAGCGAAUCAAUGCGGAUAUGCACCGCGCCUUAGACGCCGCGGUAGCGAAGUUCGAAGCCGGAGAUAUAACUGGUGUUGUGGAAUUGGAAGGGUUGAUAUCAGUGAAUCGCCUAUGUCACAAAUUACUAAGUCGAUACCUCACUCUGGACGAUUUCGAUGCUAUACUCAGAGAGAGUGACCACGGAGUGCUCGCGCCCUACGGGAGGAUCACAUUACACGUUUUCUGGGAGCUAAACUUCGAUUUCCUCCCGAAUUAUUGUUAUAAUGCCGCUACGGAUCGCUUCGUGAAAUGCCGCGGCAUCCAGUUCGCUGCGGGCGUGACGCGGGAGAAGCCCCAGCAGUAUGGCCACGCCUUACUGUGGGGCUCCAAGCAACUUAGCCUCGCUUACUCAGCUCAAUACGCACAGUAUGUUGGGUUCGUGGGCGCCCAGCAUCUCCACGCGCUAGUCCGACUCUUGGGCUACCAAGGUGUAGCAGUUGUGGUCUCCGAGUUGCUGGACGUGGCCCGUGGCCUCCUCCACGGAACUAUUGCCCAGUUCACACGGGCCCUCGCCGCAGCCAUGCCCAGGCAUUGCAAGCUGCCCAGAUAUGAUUAUGGAUCCAACGGUGUAUUAGGCUACUACCACGCUCAGCUAACUGAUAUAGUUCAAUAUCCCGACGCUCGGACUGAACUUUUCCACGCGUUCCGAGAAUUGGGAAAUAUCAUACUCUUCUGUAUGCUAAUCGAACAGGCUCUUAGUCAAGAAGAAGUCACGGACUUACUUCACGCUGCGCCCUUCCAGAACAUUCUUCCAAGACCCUUCGCUGCAGAAGGUGAAAAACCUGAAACGAAACAGAAACGACUCGAAGCUAAAUACGCGGCUCUACAGAUCGUUCAAAAUGUCGACAAAUACGGCACAGCUAAGCAAGGCCAGCUAUCCCGCGAGGGCGACCUGCUGACCCGCGAGCGGCUGUGCUGCGGCCUGUCGCUGUUCUCGGUAGUGCUGCGCAGACUGCGCACGUGCCUGUCGGCGCCGCAGUGGCCCGCCCCCCCCGCCCCCCACCACCACGCGCCCGCACAUACUGACGACACCAACGAGUUCCACAGAUUGUGGUCAGCGCUUCAGUUCUUGUACUGCAUCCCCGUCGGUGACACGCAGUUCACUGUCGAGGAACUAUUCGGCGAAGGUCUCCACUGGGCCGGGUGUACCAUCAUAGCGCUGCUGGGCCAGCAGAGACGGUUCGAGGCGCUGGACUUCUGCUACCACAUCCUGAGGGUGCAGAGAGUGGACGGGAAGGACGAGUCGGUCAAAGGCAUUCCACUAAAGCGCAUGGUGGACCGCAUCCGUCGGUUCCAAGUGCUGAACUCUCAAAUAUUCGGAGUACUGGCGCGACACCUGGCGGCCGACGAGGAGAGAGCCGGCGUCGAACACGUACGCUGCUUCCCGCCGCCCUCCGCGCCCGUACAUCAGAUCAACUAGCUUGUAACACCCUGUAUUGAAU